UCCUUUAUACUCGUGGAAGGAACUGAACUCCCUUCCUCCGUCCUGCCUCGUGCAAUCCCCCUUCUCCCUCCUCGUGAUCUCCGGGUUCCCGUCUCAGAUUCCCAGGUUCGAUCUUGAUCCCCCAGCUAUCCCCACCUGCCUCUCCCGUCCUCGAAUCCUUCGUCGCAGAGGCGCCGCUUUUACCUCUUCUUGCCGCGAUUUGAGAAGAAGACUUUAUUGAUCCGAGUAAGUGUUCUUGGGCGGGAAGAAAGGUGAGAUCUUGCACAGGAGCCAUGAUACCUGCUGUGAAGCUCUCUCCGGCCGCCUUCUCUGUCACCAAUCAACGGACUAAAUCAGCUUUGGUUCCAUCGGUGUCCAUUCUCAACACAAAUUCUUUUGUGUCCUGCUCCUUUAGACCACUCUACCUCACACGGAUAGAUGACCCACAGACUUCUGAGCUGAAGCCUCGGAGGCAGCUUCUUGACUUCCAGUGUGCAGCUUCAGCGGCUGAUGACAAGGAGUCAAAGGCUGAGGUGGUGCCAGCUAGCUCAGAAGCAGCACAAAAGUUGAAAAUUUCAAUCUAUUUUGCGACUUGGUGGGCGCUUAAUGUGAUCUUUAACAUCUAUAACAAGAAGGUUCUCAAUGCUUUCCCGUAUCCCUGGCUCACCUCCACACUAUCUCUCGCCUGCGGCUCAGCGAUGAUGCUCUUCUCAUGGGCCACCCGCCUAGUUGAGCCCCCCAAGACUGACUUAGAUUUCUGGAAAGUGCUUUUUCCGGUUGCUGUGGCUCAUACAAUUGGACAUGUUGCUGCCACAGUGAGCAUGUCAAAGGUGGCAGUGUCAUUCACACACAUUAUCAAGAGUGCUGAGCCUGCAUUCAGUGUUUUGGUGUCGAGGUUCAUUCUUGGAGAGUCAUUUCCGAUGCCUGUAUAUCUUUCUCUUCUCCCGAUCAUUGGUGGUUGUGGUCUAGCUGCUGCGACAGAGCUGAACUUUAAUAUGAUCGGAUUUAUGGGUGCCAUGAUAUCGAACCUUGCAUUUGUUUUCCGCAAUAUCUUCUCGAAGCGGGGCAUGAAGGGGAAGUCUGUCAGUGGCAUGAAUUACUACGCUUGCCUUUCAAUUAUGUCACUGGUCAUACUCGCACCAUUUGCUAUUGCUAUGGAAGGCCCACAAAUGUGGGCCGCUGGAUGGCAAAGGGCUCUUGCCGAUGUCGGCCCCAACGUUCUCUGGUGGAUUGGUGCACAGAGCGUUUUCUACCACCUGUAUAACCAGGUGUCCUACAUGUCUUUGGACCAGAUUUCUCCAUUGACGUUUAGCAUUGGCAAUACAAUGAAGCGCAUAUCAGUUAUUGUUUCGUCAAUCAUUAUCUUCCGUACACCUGUCCGUCCUGUAAAUGCACUAGGAGCUGCCAUUGCCAUCUUUGGCACAUUCCUGUACUCUCAGGCAAAGCAGUGAGGUUUGACUGUUGUUGAAGGUCAGGUUCAUGGAUGAAGAAUGUCUGCAGAAAUAGUAGCAAGCACCGGGGCCAAUUUUGCUUGUGCAAGUGUCUUGUAGAUACAGGUUUAGGUUUUCACGCAAGAGACGAUAAUAAUAAUGGACCAUGUUGCUGUUUCCUUUUAUUUGUUAAAUCACAAACUGAGCUCCAGUUAUCACGAACUGUUGUUGUAUCUUGAAAUAAGAACCGCAUGGGAAUUCAUCUGACAGUUCCGUUGCUGGAAAGUAACGAUAGUCCUGUGCUUAACAGUAAAUUAUUGAGAAUUAAGAACUUUGUGUA